CUGGAGUGUAGUGGCACGAUUAUAGCUCACUGCAGCCUCGAACUCUGACGAAGGAACUCUUGGUGAAGGGAGACUUGUUGCUGCUUCUGAGAUGGGAAAGAGAAACAAAUUUCAGUGCGGAUGGCAAGGAUGGAGAGGUUGAAGGUGUAGAAGAGACAGGUCAUCAGCAGGUGGGAUGUCUGUGAAGGAAAGCACUCAGCUGGCCCACAGGAGGCCUGGGCAGGAGGUUUGCCAAGCGGGCACCGCAUGGUAGAAACGCUGGGAUACUGUCAAGGGUGUGGCCAAGGCAACAGCGCUGGGAAUUUAAGGGAGAGAAGGAAGAGGAAGACUGGCUGGCAGGAAGCGCUGGUGAGGCAGGAGGGAAUGGCUGAGCAACCUGGGAGGACAGGAGGUUUUAACCUCAAUGGUGUGUGAAAUAAUUUCAGAGAUGCUUGGUCUCUGAAUGGAUCGCAGUGUUCCCUGGACCCCCCGAUGCGCUGGUCUCUAGGUCUUGGAUGUUCCAAGGCUUAGCACUGAGCUUAGCCUCCAUAGAGUAAGCGUGAAAUACUGCCACCCACAUUAAUAUCAUUUUUAAAACUCUGGAGACUCCAUUUCCCUUGCUGCCUUGCAGCCGCGGCGACUACAACUCCCGUCAUGGCCGGCGAUCGCCCACCUUCCCUUGGCGCUGUGCCAGUCCCAGCGUUCCUCGUUGUUUUCCUGUCUCGCCAUCGCGCCUGCUGAGUCCUAGGACAACCAAUGGGACCACGGAGUAGGAGACCUGGCGGACCAAUCGCCCCAGCCACGGGGGCGGGGGUGCCGUGGCCAUAUCCUGUCCCGCCCCUGCUCCGUGGCCCCUCUCCUCGCUGGCGCCUCGGGCGGGACCUGCAGCUAUGGGCACCACCUGGGGGAGCCCCGGCUGGGUGCGGCUCGCGCUCUGCCUGGCCGGCUUGGCGCUCUCGCUCUACGCGCUGCACGUGAAGGCGGCGCGCGCCCGGGACCCAGAUUACCGGGCGCUCUGCGACGUGGGCACAGCCAUCAGCUGUUCGCGCGUCUUCUCCUCCAGGUUGCCUACGGGGACGCUGGGCCUCUAUCCUGCUGGUGUUGAGUUCCUUGGUGUCUCUGGCUGGUUCUGUCUACCUGGCCUGGAUCCUGUUCUUCGUGCUUUAUGA